UGAAGAAGAAAAAGAUUACUCAGAAUAGCGUUUCGUAGAAGUGAAAGAGACAGAGACACCACACAGUAGUCUAUGGAGAUGUAAUCAGUCUUUUAGAAACAAUACAGGUCAAUCAAUGAAAAUAUUAUUUGAAGGUUCAAACAUUCUAUACACUUGAAUCGAAAUUAUACAUGUUUAAAUUAAAUAAUAUUUCUUAAUGUUAUAUAAAAAAUUAAUUAGUUUUCUUAAAUUAAUAUAAAAGAUUGUAUUAUAUGUUUCUAAAUUUAAAAACUUAUUUAUUAUAUGUUACUUUUUAUUUAUUUUUAAAUUAUUUUAGCAUUAAAAAUUUUAAAAAGCAAAAUAUAUUUUUGUUCCAAACAGAUUAGUUCGAAUCAAUUCAUUAGUAUCAAUUUAUAGUCGAUAUGGUCACAUUAAUUUUAUUAGGUCUUUUGAGUUAGUAACCUGAUCAUAUUCUAAUUCAAUCAAUCGAAUAGGUUGGUCCAUUUUAAUUUUUAAAAUUAUGUAGAUAAUGAUGAAUAUUUUUUAUUAAAAUUACAAGAGUUUUGAGGAAGAAAAUAUUAUCUUAUUUGAACGUGAGAAAUGAAAUUUGAAAAAAAAUUAUCAAAAACUAAUAUUUACCUUACAUUGGGGAAUCCUUGAUUCUUUUCAUUAAAUCAUUUUCAAUUUUUGACAAAAACUUAACUGCAACGAACGUUUUAAAACCAAUUUUCAUUGAACCAAACGCGACCUAAGCCUUCUCCAUGAUUCCCCUCAAAACUUAUCAACGUUCUUGUUCCUCUUCCUUCUUCUUCUCCGUUUGCAAAACUUAUCAACAUUCUCUGUCUCUGCCAUUUCCCUCUAACUCUUCUCUCACCCUCACACCUCCACUCUCUGUGUCUCCCAAUCUUCUCAGGGUUUCAAAAAUUGGAGUGCCACUUUGCAGAAGCGAAGAACAUGAACAAAAACACAAGGGGCUUUCACCACAAGUUCAUGACUUGUCGCCAAAUGGAGCAGUGUACCAGAAAACACUGCAAUUGGUUGAGUGUUCCAUGCUUGCUGCACUCACUGGUUUGGUCUAUUUCUUGAGCAAUUCUCUUGCCAUUGAGAAUUAUUUUAGUUGUUUCUUCUCAUUGCCAAUAGUGAUAUCCUCAAUGAGAUGGGGUGUUGAGGCUGGAAGGAAAACUCUGGUGGCAACAACUAUACUUUUGCUUGUCUUGUCUGGUCCAUUUAAAGCUCUAACCUAUCUGCUUAAGCAUGGUAUAGUUGGUUUCACAAUGGGUGCUUUGUGGAGGUUGGAAGCGAGUUGGAACCUGUCAAUUUUCUUGUGCACAAUUGUACGAUCACUAGGUGCGGUUGGCUUUGUCUUGAUUUCAUCUUUUUUGAUAAGGGAAAAUAUACUUGCUUUGAUCACCAUUAACAUUCAUGCUUCUCUCACGUUUGUCCUCGCUGCCUCUGGUGUUAAUGCUAUUCCUUCAAUGAAUGCGAUAUAUACCCUUUUUGGCAUUUUGGUUUUGCUUAAUAGUGGAUGUUUCAUGUUCUUGCUCCACCUGUUGUAUUCCGUUUUCCUUACUAGAAUGGGAAUGAAGUCUUCACUUAGAUUGCCAAGAUGGCUGGAGAGGGCCAUCUGAUACCAUAAAAUGUGUUCAAGUUGUCUCAAUAUUUUCAAUUGAGAAGUUAUUCUUCUCUAUUGGAGUUUGGGAAGGGAUAGAUGGCUGAGGUUGUAUAUUAUUUACAAUGGCAUAACAAUUUGACAUACUACAGAUAAAAGGAUGAAUACUUAUGCAAAUGUUCAUAUCACCAUCUUCUUAAAACUUUUCAACUUUUAUUUUAUUAUUCAAUUCUUGAGAUG